UCUUAUCAAACGUAGCACAGUUGCAGAAAAUAUCAUGUACGGACAUUAAUAGCAUAAUUAUAUCAGACAUUGCUGUUAAAACAUUACCAUCCAUAACAUCUGUGUGUACUGUUUUUUACAUCAGAAAUAACAAUUAACAAUCUGAAUUAUAUCUAUUACAAAAUCCAAGUGCAAGUAUUCAAUAGGAGUAAAUUCCAAGACAGAUUGGAAAGGGGACAUUACAUACAAUAGAGAGGGAAAGGAAAUAUGCGACGACAUGAGAGGAUUAGAGGAGAUAAUGAACCACAAUAUUCGAUAUCUGUGGCUGCCAGGUUCCAGUUAUAUUCCCAUACCUUCAAAUCUGGAGGCUUGGAAACGGAGUAGAAGAUUGGAAAAUAACUUGAUGCAGAUUAUAGAAAAAAGAAAAGAUCGUGGGUCAUAUGGGGAUGAUCUUCUUGGCUUGAUACUCUCAGAAACAGGGAAGUUUUCUUCAGAUGACAAGAAUAUUAGCAACAAACAACAGCAAGUAAUGGACGAGUGCAAAGCAUUCUUCUUGGGAGGUAGAGAAACCACAAGUGUUCUGAUAUCGUGGACAAUACUCCUGUUGGCACUCAACCAGGAUUGGCAACAAAAAGCUCACGAAGAAGCCACUGCAAUCUGUGGAAAUGGCAAUCCCAACAUGGAUUAUUUAGGAAAGCUAAAAAUUAUUGGGAUGAUACUGAACGAGACGCUGAGGUUGUACCCACCUGUAGUAGGGGUCGCCAGGCAGGCAUUCAAAGAAUUAAGAUUAAGAGAUGAUUUUAUAAUUCCCAAGGGUGUGAAUGUGGUGGGAGACAUAUUAUCAGUGCACAGGGAUCCCAGAUACUGGGGAAAUGAUGCAAAUGAGUUCAGGCCAGAGCGUUUCAGAGAUGGAAUAAGCAAAGCUACAAGCAAUCAUCCGUACGCCUUCAUUCCAUUUUCUGGUGGGCCAAGAGCGUGCAUAGGGCAGAACUAUGCCUUAUUAGAAACAAAGGUUGUGGUGACUAUGAUAGUGAAGAGGUUCAGAUUUAGUGUGAGCAGUAGGUACAGGCAUGCACCUGCAGCCUUCCUCACUCUAAAUCCUCAACAUGGGAUGCCAAUCAUGGUGGAAAGCAUAGAGUGCAGUGCAUAUUAG